CAAAUUACAAAUUAUUCCUGAUUACAAAUUGUUUAAGAGAAUAGUCAUAUAUCUAUUUAUGUAUAUAAUGAUUACAAAAAACCAUAUCAAACAAUAUUAAAUAAAACAUAAAUCAUUUGUAAACAGUACAUUAUGUUUAAUACAAAAUAUAUAUUUUGGAUAUAUAUAUAGGAGUGGAAGGAGGGAGGAGAUUGUUUGUCUGUCCGUGUCUUACAAAUAUUAAAAUAAAAAGUGUCGGUGAAUUCUCAAUCUUUGUCUUCUUUCGUCGUCUCUUUAAAACUCCUCCGUCCCUCCUUAUUAUGUAACCGUCUCGCCGUCAAAUUUUCAAAAUCUCUCCCUCCGUUCAUAAACCCAGAUCGAAAUUUAUGGUUUUGUAAUUUUUUUACCGGCGGUUAUGGAGACGGAAGCGGCGGUGACAGCGACGGUUACGGCGGCGACGAUGGGGAUUGGGACGAGGAAGAGAGAUCUGAAACCGUAUAAAGGAAUACGAAUGAGGAAAUGGGGGAAAUGGGUGGCGGAGAUACGGGAACCGAAUAAGAGAUCAAGGAUCUGGUUAGGUUCUUAUGCGACGCCUGAAGCGGCGGCGAGAGCUUACGACACUGCUGUUUUUUACCUCCGUGGUCCUUCAGCGAGGCUUAAUUUUCCGGAGCUUUUGGCUGGACUUACUGUUUCUAACGGCGGAGGAAGAGGUGGUGAUUUAUCGGCGGCGUAUAUUAGGAGAAAAGCGGCGGAGGUUGGUGCUCAGGUUGAUGCGCUUGGAGCGACGGUGGUUGUGAAUACCGGCGGCGAGAAUCGCGGUGAUUACGAGAAGAUUGAGAAUUGUCGUAAGAGCGGUAACGGGUCAUUGGAACGGGUCGAUUUGAAUAAAUUACCCGACCCGGAAAAUUCGGAUGGUGAUGAUGACGAAUGUGUGAAAAGAAGAUAGAAAAAAUAAAAAGUAGUUGUAGAAGGAGAGACGAGAAUGUUUGUCUUUAAGAUGCGCUGUUGCCGCUAACAUGCGCUUUCGAUUUUAGUGUUAAACAUGCGCCUCCAUUGUUUUUGGGUUUUGUUUUCGUCGUCGAUAAUCAAAGAUUUUAAAACACAAUUCUCAAAUUUUUCACUUGUUACAAACUAGAUUUGCAUGAUCUUUGUAUUAACGAAUAACGAUUAAGUCCUACUCAUGACGUGUUAUUCAAAUAUAUGUCCUAAUAACGUUUUAUGAUAACG